CCUUCGACCUCGGAACCUGGUCCUUCCUAUAUUAUCCAUGACUAAAUUGUAGUGUGUCUUUUCUGUCUGUGCCAACGAAAGUAUAACACAACUAACUGGCAAAAGAUGCUUAGAGUCAGCGGGUGGUCACGACAUGCUUUGAGAUUUUUCCGUAUUUAUUUUUGCGGCGUUACCCAAUCCAGUUCACACCUACGUACUUACGAGCACGAUGUUUACAAUGCUCGGUGCAUGAGCGAAUUUUCUGAGUCGCUCUGUGAGUGCCGUUCUUUAAACAAAUUCUCGUUCAUCGACCACGUAGCAGCUUGAUCGAGAUCUUUGGGAUGCCUCGGAAAGGUAUCCUGGUUUGUUUUCGUGUGAACACUGAGCAGUAUGACUGUGUGUAGGAAGCCCAUUAUAUUAGCAAGUUGUCCUGGUAGGAUCCAAUAUGGUUUCGUCCCAACUUUGCGAGGUUUACCUAGGAGCUUUGCGAAUGCUCCAUGCAUCAGGUUAAAUAUUCACAAGGAUUUUGUGAGCUGUAGAGUGGCAAUAAGUCUGGUGAAAUUUGGAAAACCGCUAUCCAGAGAGCCUGGGUGGCAACUUAGGGCAUUACAAAAUGGUUUGGGAGAGCAGAGUCCAGACGCAGGCGCAAGCGGGAAUUUGCAAAGUUUCUAUGCAACAUGCGAAAAGGGACUGGAGCAAAUUCUUGCCGCAGAGCUUUCGUCGCCUCUUAUCAACGCCUCGCAGGUAGAAACAGAUUCUGGGGGCGUAUUCUUCAGGGGCACUCAAUCGACUGGCUACAACGCUAACCUUUGGCUCCGCACUGGAGAUCGCGUGCUAUGUGAGCUUGCUCGCUGUCUUCUUCCACAGGGUAAAAGUCGCUUCGACCUUUUGUACGAGUUUGUGCGAGAAGCUGCGGAUUGGCCCUUGCUACUUGUUGACGAUAGCGCGCCCCUAGCACGAACUUUGCAAUCAGAAACGGCUGAGCGUCUACCAAACCGCUACAAGUUCAAAAAAUUCAUUGUACAAAUCAGGUUAUCGAACUGGAAGAGCACCAAGGACCAAAACUACGUGUCCGCCAGCGUCAGCAACGCAAUUUGGGAUGCUCUUCGUGACAGUUGCGUCGGCCAGUGGCCUGCACCAGCAGAGAGAGAAGACUUGACUGCGGUUCCUCUCUUUCUUGAUGUAAACGAAGACACAGCCUUUCUGUACAGAGAUAUGAGCGGUGUUAGUCUUCACAGGCGGGGUUACCGGGAUGUUAUCGACAAGACUAAGCCAAACGAAGGACUAGCGGCUGCUAUUUUGACACUAGCAGGGUGGAAUCACAAUGUGCAUGGUUUCGGUGCCGCUAAUAAGAAUGAUUCAGGCAAAGACCGGGUUCUUCUAGAUCCAUUUUGUGGGACAGGGACCAUUCUGAUUGAAGCUGCUCUUAUGGCUUAUGAGAUUGCACCUGGUUUGUUCAGGCCACACUGGCCUUUCCAGACAUGGCACGAUUAUGACCCUAGAGCAUGGACAGAGUGCAGAGACGCUGCAGCAUCAGUGCAAGCUUUGCCUGUGUCAGGUGCACGAUUGAUUGGGAACGACAUGAACGAUGGGGCUAUCACAAGAUGCAAGAGGGCUGCAAGAGCUGCUGGUGUGCUCCAUCUGCUGGAGCUUAGCUCUGAAACCUCACGACACUAUAAGCCUCCAGUUAUCCCCUCCCUUGUUGUCACCAACCCUUCAUGCUCUGCACCAUUGACAUACUCGAGUUUGAGAGGAGAGGACGAACGGCUUCUCACAUUAUGGCUGGGCUUCGGCCAGCUUCUGAAAUCCCAGUGCCGCGGUGCGGAUGUUUAUGUCCUCUCCGAGAACGAUUGGCUUGCGCAUGCCAUGCACAUGGUGCCGGACAGCAAGUGGGAUCUGCAACCCAACAAGCAGUGGCGUGGAAACCACACCGGUCGCAAGACUGAUAAGAUCUUCGGCUCCCAGGAACGCAAGCUCCUCCACUUCCAUGUCCAGUCUCGGUACGCUCGUGGAGACCCUUUGACCAAAAUUCCUUUCUCAUCACUCUCCCCCAAAACUCCCAUGCUUUGAAACGUUAGGUGCUCAAAGUCACUUGCAGCAGCAGAACUCUCUGAUAUGUGUAUGACGUAUUUAUUUAUAUGAUAAAUUUAGAAGAAUCCUCAACAGUUUGAGGAUGGCAUGCUGGUCCUUAACAUUUAAGGUUUAUCCAUCACUUGUUAAGGUUAUAAUGGGGGGUUUCAGGCAGGUCUGUUUUGCGUUUGCAAAUAUUUCUGUUGAUCCUGUCUUUCUGUUCUUUUACUUGGAAGCAGUGCUAACAUUCAUAAAGUUCUUUAUUUGUUUUUUUCUUUUA